AUGGACCAGGAACCGAUUCCCUCGUCUCUGGAGGAUAACCCCCAAUUCAAAGAAGAGACCUCUCUACAAAAAUUUCGCAGACGGUUCAAGGAAGAGCCCCUUAUCCCGUUAGGAUGUGCCGCUACUUCAUAUGCGCUCUACCGCGCCUACAGAUCGAUGAAAGCCGGCGACUCGGUUGAAAUGAACAAGAUGUUCCGCGCCCGUAUCUACGCACAGUUCUUCACCCUUAUUGCGGUCGUUGCAGGAGGCAUGUACUUCAAGACUGAGCGUCAGCAGCGGAGGGAGUUCGAGAAAAUGGUGGAACAGCGGAAAGCCCAGGAGAAGCGGGACGCGUGGCUCCGUGAACUCGAGGUCAGAGACAAGGAGGAUAAGGACUGGAGGGAGCGCCAUGCUGCCAUGGAGGCGGCUGCCAAGGAGGCUGGCAAGCGCAAGUCCGUCCCUGAGCAAGACGCCGCUCGGUCCGCUAUUGAGCCUGCGGAUGAGAAGUCGAUCGGUGUAUUAGCUGCCGUGAGAGAACUGUUGGCGCGGCAAAAUUGA